AUGUCCGCUACUGCCAGCGGCUCGAAAGCCACCCCAGAUGGCAACGCAAAUUCUCGCGACCACAAACAAGGAAACCAGGAGCGCAAAUAUACUAUUGAGCAGAAGACUGCUGUCAUCCGAGUGAGAAAAUGCGCCUCGACAGCGUUCUACGAGAUCUUGUCUUUGGAGAAGACCGCGAGCGACGCAGACAUAAAGAAGGCCUACAGAAAAUUAAGUCUACUUACUCACCCGGAUAAGAAUGGGUACGAGGGCGCAGAUGAAGCUUUUAAAAUGGUUUCCCGAGCCUUCCAGAUAUUAUCAGAUCCUGACAAGAAAUCUCGUUUCGAUCAGUUCGGUGGAGAUCCGGACAACAGAUUUUCUAACAGUGGGGCUGGCGCUGCUCCCUCGCCGUUCAGUGGUUUCGCAAGGUCUCCGGGAGGCCGAAACCCAAUGUUCGACGCUGAAAUAUCACCAGAAGAAUUAUUCAAUCAGUUUUUCGGAGGUGGCAUGGGAGGGGGCUUUACACCGUUUGGUGGUGGCAUGGGCGGUGGCCCCGGUUUCGUCUUCAACAUGGGCGGAGCACCAGGUAUAAGGGUUCAUCAAUUUGGCGGCAUGGGCCCAAGACGAAGGCCUCGAAAUGCGACCGGACAGGAAGAUACCCCUCCAUCCGGACUGGCUGCCCUCACACAGCUCCUACCAAUCCUACUUCUUUUCGUUCUACCUAUUCUGAGUUCAUUAUUUACCGGAGCUGCCUCGUCUGAACCAGACGUGCUGUUCAACCGCUCUCCUCCUAAUACCUUACGCCGAACGACGCCGAGAUUUCAAGUGAAUUAUUAUGUUGAUCCUCAAGCAGUCGAUGAUUACAGCGAAAGAAAAUUACGGCAGCUGGAUCAAAGGGCGGAAGUAAAUAGGGAAGGUGACAGCGAAGGUGGCAAGCUUGUCAUCGCAUAUGACUUGACAAUCAAGAUGGCAGAGCCAAGUUCUGAUGCGGACAAGAUCCGCAGUAAACGUUUGGCAAAGCUUUCACAAUUGCAGCCAACGCCCCGAAACAAUGACGCGUCCCAAGACUCCCAAGAGAACCCCAGCGAAGCUGUAGUUGCAGAGAACACUCCCUCAAGGACCCCAACAGAGACCCAACAAACCCGAAGACCCUCAGUCAAUAUCACCAAAAUGGCCCGACCUUCCUCACCCUCGAGACCAUCAUCCGCCUCACAAUCAGCACAAUCGCCGAGCGAUGAUGGGGGUCGCUUGCGCAUAACGCCAAAUCCUGCGAGUCACAUCACACCACAAAAGCGAGAUGUUGCCGGUACCCCAUCAUCUAUGCCAAGUUCCAGAGCAGGAGAGACCAUCGAGCAGUUUGAGGAUCGAACGUUACGCAACGUCUUUCGCUUGACCCUCGAUCAUAGCCAGACAAAAGACAUUCAUGGCCAGCAGUUAUAUUCUGUGGGUGGGCUGCGCCAGGAGCUCGAAGACGAGGGCAAGCCAAUCAUGCUGACAACAGAGACCCUGGAGCAAGCAAUUAUGGAGGCGGGAUCAAAGUCAGGCAAGACCACACCACUCGACUGGCUGAUUGGUAGCUUUAAAAGACUGUCAAGUAUCAUCAACAAGUUCUUGAAAGAAAGGAGUCCCGCAAACAAGAAAUGGGUCAUAGUGCAGGAGGCGCGUCGACUGUGUAUGAGUUGGUGUAUCUUCGCCAUUACGACACCAGAAGUUUUUGGCCUGGAAGUGGAUGGUCAGAAAGAGCUUGCAGAUCGUUUACUCCUUGACCCGGAAGACGAUAACGGGUUAUCGUAUGAUUUCCUGAGUGAGCUGUCGUCCCGCAUUGGUGACGACGAACCUCUCAAAGAAGUAUUUGUUGGGGCUGUCGAACACCUGAGCCGAAGACUAGCCAGGUUAUCGAUGGAUAGCGAGUACCGAUGUUAUACCUCACUCCUCAGGAAUCUAGUAAACUUCAAACCACUUGCGAUCGCAAUCACAGAAUCGUCCAUGUUCGUGGACGCAAGUAUUCCUGCGGCUGAGUUAGAGGUCAAGACACUGCUUGGACCUUAUUUUCAAAUCUCCCCUUUACAAGCGGAAGUCACCAAACAGUACUUCUCUAGUCCAAAAACCAUAGAUGAAGGUCGAGCUCGUGAAGCACAAAGAUCAUUACGUCUGACGUUGCAGACACAUCAGAACGUGAUAUUGGACAUCAUAAAUCAUUUGAUACGAGCAUCUGGGGAUGCAAGACAAAGGGUGCUGGAUUGGUUCGCACUUGUCGUCAACUCAAAUCACAAACGGCGGGCACUGAGAGUCGACAAAUCCACGGUUUCAUCAGACGGUUUCAUGAUCAAUGUGACUCUCUGUCUUGACCAGCUUUGUGAACCAUUUAUGGAUGCCACGUUCGCUAAAAUCGACCGAGUUCAAGUGGAGUACCUGCAGCGGCAUCCUCGUGUCGAUAUGAAGGACGAAACAAAGCUCAAUGCCGAUCAGGAAGCGUCUGACGCCUUUUAUGGUCGAACUGUGGAAGGUAAGAACCACUUCAUCAGUGAGAUCUUCUUCCUCACAGUGGCCGCUCACCAUUACGGGACUGAGGCAGCUCAUUCGAUGCUGCGAGAGCUUGAAAAAGAUCUCAAGCAUAUGCAAAAGCAGCUUGACCAAUUUGAAACCGAUCGCCACAAAUACGUUAAUAACCCGAUGCAACUGCGAAUGUUCGAGAGUGCGCUUAACAAGUACAAGGACCAGAUUGACAAAGGUUUAUCCUAUAAGCUUGCGUGUCAGGGCGUUCUUCUGGACGAGCUGGCCCAGACAAGAUCCAUGCAAUUUAUGCGCUACCUCAUCGUGUGGAUUUUACGACUGGUUUCGCCGACCGGCAAAUUUCCUGCUGAGAAAUUGGAAGUACCGUUGCCUAAGGAGAUUCCAGGAGCUUUCAGGUGUCUUCCAGAAUAUUUUUUAGACGUCGUUAGCAACAAUUUUCAAUUCAUCCUGAGCAAUAUGCCCCAAAUCAUCCCUUCAACGCAGAGCGACGAGCUGGUCAUGCUCUGUAUUACCUUUCUCCGCAGCUCUGAAUACAUCAAAAACCCAUACCUCAAAGCUGGUCUUAUCACCAUCUUGUUCAAGGGCACUUGGCAAUGGAGAGCAGGUGGUCAAGGUGUGCUGGCCGACAUCUAUAACUCUAUGCCCUUUGCUACAGAACAUCUCCUCCACGCUCUCAUGCAGUUCUUUAUUGAAGCGGAGUUCAUGGGCGGCCAUGGGCAAUUCUUCGAUAAGUUCAACGUUCGAUUUGAGAUUUUUCAAAUCAUCAAAUGCAUAUGGCCCAACGCCGUCUACCGAGACAAUCUCUACAAAGAAGCCAAACUCAAUAGUGAAUUCUUCAUCCGGUUCGUCAACCUACUACUCAACGACGUCACCUUUGUGCUUGACGAGUCCUUCACAUCCUUCCUCCAGAUUGCCGAACUCCAGAAAGAACUUGCCAAUGCCGGCGCCUCGCUCGACCAGGCUCAACGCCAAGAGAAGGAGGAGGCACUUGCCAGUGCGCAGGGAAAGGCCAAGUCAUACAUGUCACUUACGAAUGAAACCAUGGCCAUGCUGAAGCUCUUCACGGAAGCACUCAGCGACGCUUUCACGAUGCCAGAAGUCGUCCAGCGCCUUGCUGAUAUGCUGGAUUACAAUCUGGAUGCUAUGGCCGGGCCGAAACAAGGCAAACUGGCAGUUCAGAACAAGCAGGAAUAUGGCUUCGAUCCGCCUGCGUUACUCUCGGAGAUCAUGGACGUCUAUUUGAAUCUGAGCGAGAAACCCAACUUCAUCCUCGCUGUCGCUCGAGAUGGUCGAUCCUACAAACCCGACGUCUUCGCUAAUGCAGGAGUGAUUCUAAAACAUCACACUCCAAAGUCGCCAGAGGAGCUAAAGAAAUGGGAGAACCUGCAGAAGAAGUUCGCAGCGGCCAAAGCAGAGGAUGAAGCUGCUGAGCAGGACCUGGGUGAUAUUCCAGAUGAAUUCCUAGAUCCAUUGCUGUACACGAUAAUGAAUGAUCCCGUCAUUCUGCCGACUAGUCGGAUUGUCGUUGAUCGAAGUGCGAUCAGGAGUCACUUGUUGAGUGACCCGACUGAUCCGUUCAACCGCGUGCCAUUGAAGAUUGAGGACGUGAAGCCUGAUCUUGAAAUGAAGGCCAAGAUCGAAGCUUUCAAGCAGGAAAGGAUGGGGAAUAAGAGGAAGGAGUUUGUUGAGACAAUAGCAGGCCCAGAGAAGAUGGACUUGAGUCCAGGAUAA